AUGCCGCGGGAGCUGCAGGUGCCAUUGCAUGAAGCCAAGCCGCUGCCCCGCUUGCUGAAGGUGGAGAACAUCCAGAACGGCACACUGACAGUGGUCACCUCGUACGAGCGGCUCCCCACUGGACACUCCCAGACGCUUGAGCAACUGAGCACGCGAGUCCUGAGCCAACAGCCUACGGAGCACAAGAGGCAACCAGAGUUCCGGGCCGACCUGGGCCCGAACCUGGUGGCCUACAAGCGGAUCGAUCCGCGAGGGCAGGAGCCCCCCGAGAUGGGGCGGGCGGACAAGAUGCUGGACGAGCUCCAGAGGAGCCUGGGCACGGCGCAGGCGGAGAAGAACGCCCGCAACUCCAUCGAGAGGCUGAACGCCAACCACAAUCUCUCUGGGCUGCUGCUGCCUGGCACGCCCUUCUCCAGCGCGCUCUACGACGAUAUCACCGAGUCGUCCCAGGCGGCCAUCAAGUGGGACCCGCUGCAGCGGCCCAAGCCGAACGAGCAGGCAGACAUCAGCAAGGCCUCGAGGGAGAGGGACAUCGGGGCCUCGCCCUACGCGCCCAAGGGGCCGCCACCGCCAACGUCUGUAACUGACCGGCUGAACCCGUCCCAAAAGGAGGCCGCCAGGUACGUCCUCGAGCUCCGGAGGCGCUUCAGCCUGAUCCAGGGCCCCCCCGGAACCGGCAAGACGACGACCGCGGUGGCCACGAUCUGUGGCUGGCUCCGCUCGCGCCGAGGGCCCGUGCUUGCGACCGCUUUCAGCAACCGCGGCGUCGACAACAUGGCGGAGGCGUUGCACAAGCUGGGCGUGAGGGUGCUGCGCGUGGGCCUCUGCCGCGCGGAGAAGCCCUACUCGCUGGAGACCCGCCUGGCGGAGUGCGGCGAGCGCCGCGGCAACAAGGGCAUGGCCGCGGUCCUGUCCCGCAUGGACGUCGUGGCGGCCACCUGCAUCGGCGUCGGCAUGGGACCCCUGGACAAACACGUCUUUCCCUACGUGGUGGUUGACGAGGCGGCGCAGGUCAUCGAGCCCGCGGUCAUCUUGCCUCUCGGCAAGGGCGCGGUGCAGGCCGUGAUGGUCGGGGACCAGUGCCAGCUGCCAGCGACGGUGCUCAGCCAGGAGGCGCAGCGCCGGGGGCUCGACGUGUCGAUGUUCGACCGGCUGCUGUCCAUGGGUAUGGAGUACCAGGUGCUCAAGGAGCAGUACCGUAUGCACCCCCAGAUCGCCGCGUUCCCGUCCUGGCGCUUCUACCGCAGCGAGCUGAACAGCGCCGUGACCGCCAGCGCGCGGCAGCUGCCCGCCCGGCUGCAGCUGCGGUCGCCGCUGGUCUUCCUGCACAUUGACGCGAUGGAGCAGGCCGGGGGUGCCUCCAAGAAGAACCCAGCGGAGGCUGCGUGUGUGUCGUGGCUGGUGGAGCAGGUCCUGAGGCGUGCCUUCCCCUGCUUGCCCUCCGAGCCUCAGCCGCUCUCACGGCUUCCCCUCCUUCCCUCUUGUUUCUCUUCUUCCGGACCCGUCCCCGCGGUCAUCUCAUCUCGUUCUCUUAUUUUUCCUCAGCCUAUUGCUCCUCCUACAGUUGUUCAUGCCAAUGCUGCUGAUGUUAUUGCGUAUAUUCCUCAUCGUCCUCGUGCUUGUCCGAUUCCCGCAUAUUAUACCUCUUGGGGCGAGGGAUCCGAAACGUUUUCCUCUUCCUCCUAA